UUAUUCUGGGGAUUUUCAGUAUAAGGUCCCUUUAGAUCUUCUGUGGAUACUCCAUUCAGGUUUUUUGUUUGUUUGUUUGUUUUGCUUGCAAUUUUACUUAGUUAAGCUUACACUUCACACUAUUGUUAGACAGUCAGCUUGUGGGUGAUGAUGGGGGUGUUUAUUCCUUUUCCACUCGCUGAGUGGAGUUGCAACGGUUUCUAUGGGAGCUUUGCAUGACCCUAGUGAAUGAGGGAGUGGUCAGAUGGUUUCAUUCUGGUGAGUUCACUUGGGAUCCAGAGAGGGUAUUGUGGUCUUGGUUUUGAUAAAACUUCAGAACCAAUAGGAAUCUUGUUUGAGUUCAUGUGAAGUGGCCUUAAUGCUGGAAAUAAUCGUGUUGGCCGGGACCCCAGAGCUACACAGAUGAGAAAAGGAUGCAGGAACUUCUGUUGUUUACACAUGUGUCUGUAAUUCAGAGCCGCUACAGCAGCCCAGCGAGUCCAGAGGGAAAGCUACCUGUUAGACACCCCCUCACAGCUCAUCAGCAGAGGCCUGAGAAAAUAAAUAUGAAUCUGGAUUCCAUUCACCGGUUAAUCGAGGAAACGCAAAUCUUCCAGAGACAGCAGCCCUCACCAAAAUCGCCCAGUGAUGCGGUGGCACCUGCCUCGUCCCCGCGGGAGCCUUGCAAUCCCUGCUGGCCCCUGCAAGGCCUGCAUGCGCCCCCCGCACCUGGCACCUGCGCGCACCUGCGCGGCCCCAGCGAGUGGGACAUCUAUGAAGAGCUUCGCCGGCGCGAGCUGGAUGAAGUCAAGGCCAGAGCAGCUCAGAUGGAGAAGACCAUGCGCUGGUGGUCGGACUGCACCGCCAACUGGAGAGAAAAGUGGAGCAAGGUUCGAGCCGAGAGGAACAGCGCCAGGGAGGAAGGGAGACAGCUCCGAAUCAAGCUGGAGAUGACCAUGAAAGAACUGAGCGCUCUCAAAAAGAAACAAAGCGUGGCACAGCCAAAGGAGGCGCGAGAAGCUGAGGGGAGCCAGGGCCUGAGGACCCCCGGCUGCGGGGACGCGUCCUGGGCGCCAGGAGACCAAGGUGGAGAGGGGCCGUGCGCGCCCGCCGGAGAGGGCUGGGCGCAGAGGGAGCUUCCUGCAAAGAGCGCAGACAGCAAGGAAGAAAGUUUGAUUAUCGAUACUCUCAGAUUAAAUGAGGAGCUGAAGCUCAACCUAGAUUAUCCUGAUUUAUUCAAAAAUGCUGGUUCUGAAAACUGUACAGUGAAACCUGGAUUAAGACUUCAAGAGAUAAAUCUGCCUUUGGAGAAUGAAGUGCUUGAAAUUUCAGCUUUGCAGGGGCAGUUGGAUGAAUUCCAAAAAAUCUCAUGGAAGGAAAGAGAAAUGCGUUCAUCUUUGGAGAAAGAAAUAGUACGGCUAGAAUCAGCUUUGUCUGUGUGGAAACGGAGGUACGAAGACCUGAAAGAAUCGAAGACAAACUCCAUGAACGAGUUUAAUAUUCUCUAUGGUCAACAUAAAAAUGAUAUUGAAGAAAUAUCAGCAGAAACAAAGGAAGGAUUGAAAUCUCAAAGCAGCAAGGAUGGAGUGGUCUGUGAAUUAAGAGCAGAGCCAGAGAGACUGCAGGCUGAAAAGACCUCGGAGUGGAACCAGAGGGAGAUGUUUGAAACAGAAAAACAAGGGCUGGAGAGAGAAAAUCAAAGGCUGAAGGUCCAGGUGAAAGAGAUGGAAGAGCUCCUGGGAGGGAAACGGAGAGGAAGCACCACUGGCCUGGGCUUGACGACAUCACAGAGCGACCUGCGAGGCCCCAGCAAGAAUUCAGAUUCACAACUUGAACCAACAAUAGUCAUUGUUGCAGUUCAAAGUCAUUGGUGCCGCAGAGACCCUCUCAGAUUAAGGGAUUGA